CAAUGAGUUCACCAAUCUUUGUCAUUAAUGACACAUUUCUCUCGACGAAAUAAGAAAAUAUGUUCACGGCAUCUUUGGUUGAUAAGUUUUGGAAAAAGUUCAAUCAAAAACUGGACGAAUUUAUCCUGUAUGAUUUUCGAAAAUUUCCUCCGGUACCGCCAAAAAGUUUACCGCCUGCGAGACCUAUGAAGUUCCCAUACACUUUUUCUGCCAAGAUAGCACAGUUUCCAUACAGAUACUACUUCAAAAACCAAUGGAUAUUCCAUUACUAUGUCUACGCAGUUGGGUUGUGUAUCCCGAUUUUCAUGUACAUUAGUAGACUCGGUGAGUACUAUUCGAAUCUCUUGUUUGAAAAAUUGCAAAGCAAAAUAUAGCGGUAAAAGAAAAAGACAGUUCGUGAGAGCGUCCCGAGAUUGUCCGUUGGAAAAAAGUCAUCGAUCAAUCGGAUAGCCCUCUUCUCAACAGCAUCUAGCAUAGAU